AUGCGGCUACCAUGGGCUCAUAGCCGUGCACUGAAAGCAGUCCGGACGCCAUUGGUGCUCUCUCGCCAUGGCCAGAGACGCGCUCAGCACACCCAGCCGUACGAUGCGGCGGUCAUAGGUGGUGGCAUCACCGGUUUGACCACAGCUUUCCGGCUGUCGCAGGAUCCAUCCUGUGCGCAGGUGACGCUGUAUGAGAAAUCAUCUCGCAUUGGGGGUUGGAUUAAUUCGGAAACGAUCCCAGUCGAUGAUGGCAAGGUUGUGUUUGAAUAUGGUCCGCGGACCUUGAGGGCUGCGGUACCUUCGUGUCUGCCUCUUCUCGACUUGCUGGUUGACUUAGACCUGCACGAUGAGAUUCUCUUGACGAGCAAAAAGUCCCCCGCGGCCUCCAAUCGCUACAUCUAUUACCCCGACCACCUUGUUCGCAUGCCCGCGCCGAGCCCUGAUGCUGGCUUCGUUACGAAUGCCUUGUCGAUAUUUAAUAGUAUUAAAAAUGAGCCGGUGUUUGAAAGUCUCAUACGGAGUGUUAUUUUGGAGCCGAUGAAAGUGCCCUCGGACGAGACGAUCUACAAUCGAGACGAAUCCGUUGCGGACUUUGUAUCGCGUCGCUUCAGUCCGCAAAUCGCCGAUAAUCUGGUCUCGGCCCUAUACCAUGGCAUUUACGCAGGGGAUAUUGACCGGAUGAGCGCGCAGACGUUGAUGGGAAGUUACCGGGACUUUGAAUCUCACGACCGUCGGGUGCUUGGGUCUUUGCUGCACUCUUUGACUUCGGAUUUGAAGAUUAUUCUUAUGGAUGAUCUGCUAGCGCUGCACUCUGUAGCAGAGGAGAAGAGAGGAUCAUACUGGAAGAGUCUGAAAACACUUGUGAAUGGGGCUAGUGUCUUGACGAUGAAAAAUGGCGUAGGCCAGCUGACUGAUGGGUUGGCGGCUGCGUUGAACAAGUCUGACAAGGUCAAUGUCAUCACGGAGACAGAGGUCAAGGCUAUUGACCAGGACCCAAAUACCUCCGACUUGACUAUCAGCUAUGGAGACAACCAGUCCCAAACACAUAACCGGGUAGUUGCCACGAACUCUGCCCCAGACCUGGCAAAUAAACUUGGUCAUAACCUACGGAACAACCAGCAAGUUCCCCACAGGACAAUCAAGAACCUUCAAGAUCACAACUAUGCUGUUACUGUCAUGGUUAUAAACUUGUACUACCCGAACCCGGACCUCGUUCCCGUUAAAGGCUUUGGCUACCUGAUCCCACGAUCAAUCCCAUUCGAACAAAACCCCGAGCGGGCCUUGGGGGUGAUUUUCGCAUCCGAUUCAAGUGUCGGUCAGGAUACCGCCCCGGGUACUAAGUUGACGGUGAUGAUGGGCGGCCACUGGUGGGACGACUGGAAGGAAUCAGACUAUCCCGAUCACGACACGGCCGUUUCCAUGUGCCAGUCUCUCCUCGAGAGACAUCUUGGUAUCACAGACCAGCCUACAAUCGCACGCAGCCGACUCCAGCGCAACGCAAUCCCUCAGUACACAGUUGGGCAUCUGGAUCGGAUGAAUGAGCUUUCACGGAAUGUGCGUCAUGAGUUUAUGAACCGCCUUACUCUUGCCGGAAGCUGGUAUGGUGGCAUUGGUGUUGCGGAUUGUAUCCGGCAGGGAUAUUUGGCGGCGUCGUUUGGCGUUGGUGCCCAGAAGCUCGAUGCUGCUGAGAGUGACCGUCCCUGGAGGAGAUAUAGCUGGGAAGACUGGGAGUUGGAGGGAGGAAUAGUUACGUCGCCUGUACGAUGGGUUGAAGCGUUUAGGACGGAACGGAAGCAUAUUUAUUGA